AUGGUAGGUUACUAUAACCACUACAUAAAAUACCGUCAAUGCGCAAUUACGACAACAUCGCUUAACUUUCUUUACCAAAACCAGGCGAAUCUCCCUAAUCUCCGACGCCUGUUCGUCGAGGCCCGCACCGAGGCCGAAGAGAACGAGCACUCCAGAACUGCGUUCUACAAUCUUGUCCUCUUUAUCUCUUCGGUCGCUGUCUUCAGCUUGGUGGCUCAACGAAUGGGCGGAACGAAGUCGGGAAAAUGA